AUGGCCUAUGACCGCUACGUUGCCAUCUGCAGACCCCUGCACUAUGGGACCCUCCUGGGCAGCAGAGCUUGUGCCAAAAUGGCAGCAGCUGCCUGGGCCAGUGGUUUUCUCAAUGCUCUCCUGCACACUGCUAACACAUUUUCAACACCACUCUGCCAAGGCAACACAGUGGAGCAGUUCUUCUGUGAAAUCCCCCAGAUCCUCAAGCUCUCCUGCUCAGACUCCUACCUCAGGGAAGUUGGCCUUCUUGUGGUUAGUGCCUGUUUCAUCUUUGGGUGUUUCAUUUUCAUUGUGGUGUCCUACGUGCAGAUCUUCACUGCUGUGCUGAGGAUCCCCUCUGAGCAGGGCCGGCACAAAGCCUUUUCCACGUGCCUCCCUCACCUGGCCGUGGUCUCCCUGUUUCUCAGCACUGGCCUGUUUGCCUACCUGAAGCCCCCCUCCCUCUCCUCCCCAGCUCUGGAUCUGCUGGUGUCUGUUCUGUACUCGGUGGUGCCUCCAACUCUGAACCCCCUCAUCUACAGCAUGAGGAACAAGGAGCUCAAGGAUGCCCUGAUAAAAAUGAUAUCAUGGAAAUUUUUCAGCAGUGGUAGCAUUACCAUUUCUCUCCACAAAUGA